CAUUAGAUAAAUUUUUACCAAUAAGUUAAAGAAAUAAUAAAAUAUUUGUUUAACAUAUUUAGUGUUUAAAAAACAAAAAUGGUUUCAAUACUAAAUUUAUUAUUUUCCGUAUCAUUGAUAUUAUUGGUUGAAUUGAAUAUUAAUUUAAUAUCAAGUGAGAAGACAAUCCCGGCUUCAAUAGUAUGCUAUUACAGCGCGUGGGCCUAUCAUAGACCCAAACCUAUGAAUUAUGACAUCGACGACAUACCGGGUGAUCUUUGUACUCAUGUUAUCUACUCCUUCAUCGGUUUGGACAACAAGACCUAUGAUUUAAGACAUAUUGAUCCCGAUUAUGAUAUCGUUCACAAGGGUUACGAAAAAUUUGUUGGAUUGCGCCAGAAGUAUCCCAAACUUAAGCUAAUGAUAGCUAUUGGAGGCUGGGAUGAGGGCGGCAAACAAUACUCAGAAAUGGUUUCCGACAAAACUAGAAGAUCUAAGUUUGUUCAACAAGUGGUCGAUCUAAUGAACAAAUAUAGUUUUGAUGGUUUUGAUCUCGAUUGGGAAUAUCCCGGUGCCAGUGAUAGACAGGGAGCUUAUGGUGAUAAAGCCAACUAUUUAUUACUUGUACAAGAGUUGAGAGCUGCCUUUGAUAAACAAAGUCGAUCCCUAUUAUUAACGGCUGCCGUACCCAUACCUAAAUUUCGUCUACAAGAUGGCUAUGAAGUGAAACAAUUGGGUCAACUUUUGGAUCAAAUUCAUCUCAUGUCUUAUGACUUAAGAGGUGUUUGGGCCGGUUUUGCUGACGUACACUCACCACUAUAUAAGAGACCCGGUAUUGAUGAAUACGCCUACGAAGCACUCAAUAUUAAUGAUGGCACAUAUCUAUGGCAUACAAUGGGUGCCCCCAAACAUAAGCUUAUAGUUGGUAUUCCCUUUUAUGGCAGAUCAUACACUUUGGGUGAUAAGUCACAACACGGUUUAAAAGCGCCAAUAAAACGAUGGGAUCCACCCAACUAUGGCGGAGGUAAUCCUGGAAAAUAUACCAAUGCUUCGGGAAUGUUAGCCUACUAUGAAAUAUGCGUCCAAAAAGACUGGACACACAAUAUGGAUAAUGUGGGCAAAUGUCCCUAUGAUUACAAAGAUACUCAAUGGGUCGGUUAUGAGGAUGAGACCACUGUUGGACUUAAAAUGGAUUGGGUUAAGAAAGAGGGUAUGGGUGGAGGUAUGGUUUGGGCUAUCGAUUUGGACGACUUCACCGGUAUUUGCGGCAAACAGAAUCCAUUGUUAACUGUAAUGAAAAAUAAAUUAGACGGUUAUCAGGUAAUAGUAGACCCAACCGGUGCAACCACUAAAAAUCCAGGACCGACUCCUGCGCCAACUCCUGCUCCGGUUACAUCGGACACUGAAACACCGAGUCCUGGACCAACCGGUUCAACUGGUACACCUGCACCGGUUACAAUAUCUCCAUUACCUCCCGAUGAUCAGUGCGCCAAAGGUGCCAAGUUUGUACCGCAUCCGGAUUGUCAUAAGUAUUAUUGGUGUAUCAACGGAAAGGCUACUCUUGAAGACUGUUCUUCGGGUACAAUAUGGGAUCAGGACUUAACUGAAUGUGUUUGGCCCGACGGCAAAGUACGACCUUAUUGUAAAAUGUAAUCAAAAUGUUAUGAAAUUGUAUUUUUUAAAAUUGUUGAAUUUUAAAUUAAUAAAUAAAAUUUAUAUUGUGUU